AUGAGGUGCGCAUCAGGAGAGGGGCGGCAACUCAUUCGGCCGCACCCCGACCUGUCACGACCGGCUCUACUCACCAGCCAAAAGAGGCAAGCUAUCCCGGGCCAACCGAAGCUCCACGGCGCUACGGGACGGAUCCCUGGCCUCAGCAUCGGUAAUACGGCCGACAAGCGGGGCAACAAAGAAACGAAUGCGCGCUACGGUCGGAUAUCCUCAAACGGACACCCAGUUGAGAUCACGCCGGCGGGGUUGCAGCGGCCCUACUGGAGGGUCGCUACCUUACCUCCCGGUCCUAACCCGCCACGGGCCACACCCCUGCACUGCGCUGUGUCUCUCCCUACGGGCCACCUGGAUCUCCGCCGCCUCGAGCAGACUUCCACGUCCACUCUCAACGAUGGCAACCACCAGUCCCCCCUCCACCGCCCCGAGCCCCCGAACACAGGUGGGUCAAGCACACUUGCAUGCGCCGACCCGCACUCAGGCAAGCCUGAGGCCAGGUACCGAUUCCCAUUGCUAGCCCCUGCCAUCCCCCCCUACACCCCGAGGAGUGCUGAGGAAAUAGCCGGACCCACGCUGGCAACCAGCCCUAUCCCUGCAUCGAUCACCCGCAGCGACAGCAACCCCGAACCCUCGCGGUCAGGUCUCCGCACCAAAUUUCAGAGUUUUACCACCCCAAUCGGGUUUCACACAGUUCUAAGUUCCGCUACAGCGGUAGAACCCAGGCUCAGACCCGGAGAGAGUCUCCUCUCAGAUCAUCAGGGCCGCGCCCAUCUUCAAGCUCCUCUCCAAACGCUACACCAUGUCACGCACCUGGACGGAGCGCCCGUAACCGAGAACCACGACACCCUGAUGAGGGACGCCACGCCCGCCAAAGCUGUCGCCGCCGGAGACCUGAUCACCACGGUAACGCCGGAGAAGAAGGCGGAGGAGGAGAAGGCCGAGGAAGAGGAGGCACAGACCAACGCUACGGAGACGUCAGAUCCUAACGUCCCCUCAACCCCCCUCAGACAAGACAACAAGCGCUCCCCAUGCCUGUACUCCUGUGACCCCCUCCGCUCUGAGCUCUCCCUCCCCUCCUCCCCCGUGGCCUCCACCAAGGUCCGUCGGCGACGCAGGGAGAACGCGUCCCGUAAACGCUGUGCGUCCGUCAGCCCGGCUAAAUCCUCGGCGGGGUGCCSCCGGCGCCAGGCCAAAGCGGACCGCGCCGCCGCCCUCCUAGAGGAGCAGGUGUUACUCCUGUCGGCCCGGAAACAGCGUCUAGAACAGCUGAAGGCCCACGGGAGGCGGGGCGGCACUCUGUUCUCCUUCUCCCUGCACCUCCCCGACCUCUCCUCUUACCUAGACGAGGAUGGCUACCUCACCUUCCCCGAYAUCACGGAGCUCACCUUCCUCCCUGAGAGCGUGCAGCACUUCCGUCCGUUCAGGUCACCCUCUCUCAUCCCCUGCUUCCUCUUCAUCUUCUUCUUCCUCUUGUCCACGUCGUUCUCGGUACCCUACGCCCUCACGCUGUCCUUCCCGCUGGCGUUGUGUCUGUGCUACCUGGAGCCCAAGGCGGCUUCUCUCACCGCAUCCAUCGCUCAGGGCCUGCAUCAACAUGACAGUUGUUCAGAGGAAGAGGAAGAGGAAGACGAAGAGAACACAGAGGCGUCGGAGGAGCUGGUGAAACAUCAGAGAGACAUCAGUGAGCUGAAACGCUCCUUCCUGGAGACGUCAGGUGGCGCUGAAUCCCCGGGACUGACCGAGUGGGAGAAGAGACUGUCCUCGUCUCCUCCGACACGCUCCCACAGCGAGGGAGUGGAGGAGGCACCCAUGAUAGAGCCACUAAACACCCCACAGGACUCAGAGACAGAGGAAGUUCCUGUUGUAAUAUAUAAUAUAGAACUGUGUUUUCUCUGUAGAGACAAAAAUGAAGCAGGAGGUACAAGCCAAUGGCAUUGA